UAAAAGAGAUCGAGAGGACAGCAAAGGUUGUGUCUGACUUAGAGGCCAACAACCUCCGACAGGGAUCAUUGCAACCUGCUGGUGUUUACUGAUGAUAAUGCGUCUCUCUAAAGCUCUGAUAGACAUGGAUAUGGCAGACUACAGCGAAGCUUUGGACCCAGCCUAUACCACACUGGAAUUUGAAAAUAUGCAAGUACUAACCAUGGGCAGUGAUACUUCCCCAUCAGAAGCCAGCAACAUGAAUGCCUCAGGUAAUAUUGGUGUUGGUGCCCUAUGUGCAAUUUGUGGUGACCGAGCGACAGGGAAACAUUAUGGGGCAUCCAGCUGUGAUGGAUGCAAAGGUUUCUUCAGAAGAAGUGUACGGAAAAAUCACAUGUACUCCUGCAGGUUUAGCAGGCAGUGUAUUGUAGACAAAGAUAAAAGAAACCAGUGUCGGUACUGCAGAUUAAAGAAAUGUUUUAGAGCGGGCAUGAAAAAAGAAGCUGUACAGAACGAGCGAGACAGAAUUAGCACAAGAAGAUCGAGUUACGAAGACAGCAGUUUACCAUCCAUCAGUGCUUUAAUUCAAGCUGAAGUUCUUUCCCGACAGAUAUCCUCACCAGUAUCAGUCAUAACCGGUGACAUUAGAGGAAAGAAAAUCGCUAACAUCACAGAUGUUUGUGAGUCUAUGAAACAGCAGCUGCUUGUGCUGGUUGAGUGGGCCAAAUACAUCCCUGCAUUCUGUGAGCUUCCCCUUGAUGAUCAGGUUGCUUUACUGCGGGCACAUGCUGGAGAACACUUACUAUUGGGAGCUGCAAAACGUUCAAUGGUUUACAAAGAUGUCCUUCUGUUAGGAAACGAUCACAUUAUUCCAAGGAAUUGUCCAGAGCUUGAAGUGAGUCGUGUUGCUGUUCGAAUUUUGGAUGAGCUAAUUCAACCAUUCCAAGAGCUGCAGAUAGAUGAUAAUGAAUAUGCUUGUUUAAAGGCAAUUGUGUUCUUUGAUCCAGAUGCCAAAGGCUUGAGUGACCCAGGAAAAAUUAAAAGGAUGCGCUACCAGAUUCAAGUCAGUUUGGAGGACUAUAUUAAUGACAGGCAAUAUGAUUCCCGUGGGCGCUUUGGAGAGCUCCUUCUACUACUGCCGACAUUGCAAAGUAUCACGUGGCAGAUGAUUGAGCAAAUACAGUUUGUCAAGCUUUUUGGAAUGGCCAAGAUCGACAAUCUGCUUCAAGAAAUGCUUCUUGGAGGAACUUCAAAUGAGGCACCGCACACCCAUCACCCUCUGCAUCCUCACUUGGUACAAGAACAUCUUGGAACAAAUGUAAUUGUGGCCAAUACAAUUCCUGCACAGAUGCACAAUGGACAAAUGUGUUACUCUGGCAGCUUUACUCCACUCCUGAGGGGUAGCACUGACCCAAGACUUUUGCAAAGCCACAAGAAGAGUGCAAAACAAACAAAAAUUUAUCAAUUGCCUCAUAACUUGCAGGCUACUCCUGAAACUCCCUUGCCUUCCCCACCUGCAGGAUCUGGGUCAGAGCAAUAUAAACUGGUUCCAGGAACAAUUGCAACAAUUUCAAAGCAGCCAACCUCAAUUCCUCAACCAACUAUUACCAAGCAAGAAGCCAUUUAAUACACAUGGAGAAAGAAACAGACUCAAGAACCUCUGGAAAUGCUGGGUAGAAGCUAUAAUUAACUGUAAAAGAUGGCAUUUUUAUUGAUGACACUAGCUCUGUCAUUUAAGAACGCCAGAGAGAUAUCAUGCAAACAUACAUGACUUUUGUAUCUAAUUUUGACUUUGGAUAUUUUUUUAAGUUUCAGUACAACAAUUUUGCAAGAAUUUUGGAAAAGACAGUUGUGGGAAUUAUACCCUUGCACACAAUGGAAGAAAACAAACAGGACAAGUACAAUGUAAUAUUAGUAAAAGACAUUUAAAAAUAUAUAUAUAAAUUACCAUCUACAGCUUAAUCUUGGUUUACAAAAAGCAGCAACACUACAGUUCUGUAAAAGUGCAACGUCCAAAUGAGUACUCGAGGAGAAGCAAGCAGCAAGCUCAUGUGUUUUCAUUAUGUAUAUAUAUGUUCUGCUUUAUAUUUAUUGAAACUUAUAUGUAAUCACCACAGUGGUUUUACUUCCAAAAAAUACAACUUUGUAGAGGCAAUGGCAGUAGAAGACAGAAAAGUGGGGCUCUUUGUUUUUCAUUUCAGGACAGAACUAUUAAAUAACCAACUGCAACAAUGAAAAAAUUAUACCUCAGAGGUAGCCUUGACAGAAGUCUGAUGAAAUAAUUAAAAAGUGUCAAUUUUAUUAUAACCAGUACUUCCAUACAGUAAGUGCCUGCAGUACAUGUGAACACAGAAUAUAGUGCCGUCACAGACCAUGUGCAGAAUUUGAAAUCAGC